AUGUUGCUCAAAUACUUUACACCCGAACCGAGAUUUCCAGAGCCAAAGAAGCUUGCUCCUUCAAAUGGGCAUCCCGAAGAACCUUCUCCGGUCCCCUCUUCAAAUGACGUACAACUAGAACCUCAUUCUUCCUAUAAGGUGUUUAAAAAAGGUGCUUAUUUGGAGACGGAUCCUGGAAAAAGAAGUCAAAUUCUUGAGUAUCAUCCAAAUGAUCAAGAUGAGGUAAGAAGAGCUUACCUUGUGAAUGGGCCAUGUAAAAUUAAAUUAACUGAAUAUGAAUCCACAAAUAUUGGGGGAAGGGAACGUUCUUUUCAAUAUAGUUGGCAUGAAGAGUAUGACUGGUUGGAAUAUAGUGUAGAAAAAGAUGUUGUUUUUUGUUUGCCUUGUUAUGUGUGUUACAAUGGUACUAGUAAUUCUGCAUUUGUGGUGACUGGUUUUAAAGGUUGGAAUCUAAAGCAUAAGUUGGAUAAACAUGUUGGUGAGAAACCAAAUAGUCAUCAUAAAAAGUGUGUGAAAGCAUGUGAGGAUCUUAUGAAGAAAAAGCAGAGUAUUGAGUUUUCGUAUGCAAAAUAUAGCUCAAAAGAAGAAGUAGAUUAUCUUGUUUGUUUAAAAGCAUCACUUGAGGCUGUCAAAUAUCUUGUUAGAGGUGGAUUGGCAUUUAGGGCACAUAAUGAGGGUGAAAAUUCUAUUUAUAAGGGUCAUUUCCUAGAAUUUGUAGAAGCCUUAGGAAGAAAUAGUGAGAAAAUAGCUGCAGCAAUAACAAGUGGUGGGGGAAAUUGUAAGAUGACUUCUCCUAUUAUUCAAAAAGAACUUGCAAAUGCAUGUGCGGUUGAAACUAUUAAGAAGAUAGUUGGAGAAAUUGGAGAUGGAUUCUUUUGUGUUCUUGUUGAUGAAUCUGGUGAUUGCUCUGGUAAAGAACAAAUGGUUGUUAUAGUGCGGUUUGUUGAUGUUAGAGGGUUUGUUGUAGAAAGAUUUAUCGGCAUUGUUCAUGUUGAAGAUACAAGUGCGAUAUCGCUUAAAAGGGCUCUUGAAUGUUUGUUGUCGGGGUUUGGGUUGUGUAUAUCUAAAAUUCGAGGUCAAGGGUAUGAUGGAGCAAGUAAUAUGCGUGGUCAAUUUGGAGGUUUGAAGACUUUGAUUCAAAGGCAAAAUCCGCAAGCCUAUUAUGUUCAUUGUUUUGCUCACCAACUUCAAUUGGCUCUUGUUUCAAUGGCGAGAAAGCAUGAAGAUGUUGAUUGGUUUUUUUGUGAAGUGUCUCAAUUGGUGGAAACUGGUACUGGUUUAAAUCAAGAGUUGUCCAUUGCAAGAGCGGGUGAUACACGUUGGGGAUCUCACUUUCGAACUCUUAAUAGGUUGGUUGAUUUGUUUACUCCUAUUAUUGAAGUGUUCGAAGAUUUGAAAAGUGAUAGUCAUUGUAAGGGUGAACCAAAAAGUUUGUUACUUGUUAUGCAAACUUUUAGUUUUGUGUUUAUGUUGCACUUAAUGGUUGAGAUUUUAUCUUUGACAAAUAAUUUGUCACAAUCAUUGCAAAAUGGGGAUCAAGAUAUUGUGCAUGCCAUGGAACUUGUCCAAAUAUGCAAGAAAAAGUUGCAAGAAUUUAGAGAUGAUGGAUGGGAAACACUUUAUGAGCAAGUUGUGGCUUCUUGUGGAAAUGUUGAAAUUGAUGUGCCUGACAUGGAGUCCCGGUAUGUAAAAGAUAAGAAAUCCAAACGACUUGCUCCUUUUGUUACAAAUUUUCAUUAUUUCAAGAAUGAUUGCUUCUUACAUGUUAUAGAUGUGGUAUUGAAAGAGUUGAAUGAUCGAUUGUACCCAAAUGACUUUGAGGAUCUUACUGAUAAGGAAUUGUCUAGUGAAUUGGAGACUUAUAUUGAGAGUGUCAAGAUGGACGAUCACUUUUCCAAUUUGACUGCUUUGUCAUUACCUGUGGCCACUGCAAGUGUUGAGCGAGUAUUCUCGGGGAUGAAAUAUGUUAAGAAUGAGUUGAGAAGUAGAAUGGCUAAUCCAUGGCUAAAUGAUUGCUUAGUGGCAUUUGUGGAGAAAGAGAAGAAGCUUAGAAAGACGGUGUUUCCAUUAGAAGAAGAUGAUGAUGAACAACCUCUGGUCAAGAGGACCAAGGUUAUUGAAGAAGAAGCUCAGAAUCUCUCAAUAGAGGAUAUUGAACAGGCUAUGGAAAAAUCUUCCAUUUCUGAAGUAAGUGAAAGUUAA